UAUCUGUUGGCCAUCUUACUGCAAUUGCUCAUUGAAACUACUUGGAACGAUUGAUUUCUUAUAAGCCCAUCAUGUGCCCGCCAUCUCAGCUUACAUCGACAAGCGGACCAGCGCCCUCGAGCCGAGUCUACAACGAAAACGUCCCGCAAAGUCCAGUCUCCCAAGCCGCGUUCGACCAUGCCUCAAGUAUAUUAGCCCCAUCAAUACUCAGCCAUAGUAUGCGAGUGUACCUGUACGCUAAAGCACUUGCUGAACACUCUGGAUCUAUCUAUGCGACAAACCUCACGAAGCACGACCUCCUGUUCACUGCAUGUCUUUUCCACGACAUUGGAACAACAGACGAGUAUGAUGGAUCUCAACGUUUUGAGGUAGAGGGAGGCGAUGCGGCGGUGAAGCAUCUGAGCCGCUUCGACAUCAGCGAAAUGGACAAGCACGAUGUCUGGACCGCGAUUGCGUGCCACACCUCGCCCCAAAUUGCGGAGAGAAUCGGGGAGUUAUCGAAACUGGUCAGGGUUGCUGUGAUUACAGACUUCGGUCUCAAGAGCUCCGCCUGGGAUGUAUUGGUACCGUUGAGAGAGCAAUUGGAGAAAGAGCUGGCAAGAGCCGAGAUCGAGAAAGUCCUUGGCGAUGUAGUGGUAGAGCAAGCUAAGAGACGUCCAGAAAAGGCGCCGAUGGCAUCGUGGCCUGGAGUGAUGUACAAGGCGCAUCUUGUGGAGCCAGAGUGGAGUGGUGUGAACAAGAUGUUUUGAGGAACUGUUGAGCGGAGUCAUUGUAUGAAGAUUACCACGAGCCAGUAACAGCGACUCGGUCGUGUAAGCUUCACAUGAAUUGCCCGCCAUUGUUCAUCAUAGGCGCUGCGUUUGGAUCCAUAAAGUUGAAGUCGUUGCCUAGUAACGUUGUGAUCAGUUGAUCUUCUGAGA